UAAAAAUGGAAGAUUUGUAUAGCUAAACAAUAGAACGAUCUCCUGCGACCACUGCAUCUGUCCCCACCAAAUCAAUCAGUUCCUACUACUUACAGCACAUGACCCGAAGGCAUCACUAUCGUCACCAGCGUCGGCUGUCUUAACCAGCCUUCUCCAACUCCAAAACAACAACCCCAUUGCAUCGUGUACUCACAAUAUCACAAUGCGGAUCCGCUAUCCCUUCGCGGGCGCCUUCAUCCUCCUCAUCCUAGUCGCAGCCUACGCCGGCCUCCUCCCCCACAACACCUCCUCCCCCUCCAUCCCCUCAAACCUCCAACCAAACGACAAAUUCCUGCACCUAAUAACCUUCUUCCUCCUCUCCCUAAUCUUCUACUGGAUCUUCGACACCUCGCGCCGCCGCGCCCUGCACCUAACCCUCCUCGUCUGCACACUGGGGCUCGGCGUCGGCUCCGAGAUUCUGCAAGGCCUCCUCCCCAACGACCGGCCGUUCGACCCGCUCGAUCUCCUUGCGAAUCUGGUGGGUAGUCUUGGUGCGGUGGGGUUGUGCGGAUGGUAUCAUCGACGGAUGUUGGAGAGGAGGCGGAAGGCGAGGUAUGGGGCGCUAGCGGAUGAUGAGGGUGACGGGGAGGAUGUGGAGUUGGGUGCUACGGGUCAUGGGCGUGACGAGGAGAGUGGAUUGGGACCGCAGGAGAAUGGGGUUAUGUCGUUGGAGCAGGAGGUGGAUAAUUGGGAUGAGAAUGCGGUUGAUAAUUGGGGUGAGGAGGAUAGGCUUGAUGAGCAUGGCAACGGAGCUCCUGGUCAGAAGACUGGUGGUGCUGGGCCCACGGCUGGAAAUGAUGAGGGGAAGAAGCGGAGUGAUUGAUUCGAAUCGCCCUGCUUCUGGUGAUGUUUUGGUUCUUUUUGGAAAGUCCUAAAAGCAAGAAAAGAACGGGAGUUUCUUCAUCUUACGAUUGAUCCGAUUUUGUGUCAUGUAUUAUGCCGUCCCCAUUUUUUGUUGUUGAUUGAGCAUUUCCUUGCCCUUUGGGCUCUAUGAUGAUGUUUACUACGCUAUACGAGUGCACUCUUUUCUGUAACUAGCGUUGUCAUGCCGUGUAUGCUUCUUGUCAAUGUGAUGUUAUAUAGUUAUUAUACGUAUGAUCUUUCCUUUGGA